AUGACACAACAGAAACUUGAGAAGAAGCCAAUCAGUUUUUCCAACAUCCUUCUGGGUGCUGGUCUCAACCUUGCUGAGGUGACCACUCUGGGUCAACCUUUGGAGGUCAUCAAGACCACAAUGGCUGCCAACAGAAGCCUCUCCUUGUUGCAAUCUGCCAAACUCGUGUGGUCUCGUGGUGGCCUCUUUGGCUUUUACCAAGGUCUCAUUCCAUGGGCGUGGAUCGAGGCUUCGACAAAGGGUGCGGUGUUGCUAUUUGUGUCUGCUGAGGCUGAAUACCAAUUCAAGAAGGUGGGCGCAAGUAACUUUGUCUCUGGUAUCGGUGGUGGUAUCGUUGGUGGUGUUGCCCAGGCCUACUUGACCAUGGGGUUCUGCACCUGUAUGAAGACCGUUGAGAUCACCCGUUCCAAACAAGCCGCCGUGGAAGGUGCGGUUCAACAGACAAGUCUCCAGGUGUUCAAGGAUAUCUACAAGAAGGAAGGUAUCAAGGGUAUCAACAAAGGUGUCAACGCUGUUGCCAUCAGACAGAUGACCAACUGGGGGUCCCGUUUCGGAUUCUCCAGACUGGCUGAGGACCUCAUCAAGAAGGCCACCGGCAAGAAGGAAGACGACAAGCUCGGCGCGCUCGAAAAGAUCGCUGCCAGCGCCAUUGGUGGUGGUCUCUCUGCAUGGAACCAACCUAUUGAGGUGGUUCGUGUCGAGAUGCAGUCAAAGACCAACGAUCCAAACAGACCAAAGAACCUCAGCGUUGUCGGUGCGGCCAAGUACAUCUACCAGCAUAACGGACUGAGCGGGCUCUACAGAGGUGUGGCCCCAAGAAUCGGCCUGGGUAUCUGGCAAACCAUCUUCAUGGUUGGCUUCGGUGACAUGGCAAGACAGGCUGUUGCUAAGCUCACAGGUGAGACCCCAGUCGCAAAGCAUUAA